CCUAUAAAUGAGCAUGUGCUGAGAGACGUGACAGAGAGAAUCAAGAAGAAGCAGACUGCACUGGUCUCAGCAGCAACAGCAGAUUCUGUUCCUCAUCACGUCCCUCUUCCUGAGCUCCAUCAUGAACCUUCUAGCUUCAGUGCUGCUUCUGCUGGCUCUCUCUGGAUGUUCCAGCGAAGUCGUAGAUGAUUUUAAGAAGACGUGUCCUGAUUUCUUUGCUAAUCCAGAAGGAACUCAGUCUCCUCCGACUGUGUUUACAGGAAAUGAUUACAAACAGAUCUGCCAAAUUCUAGAUAACAAAUAUGAAUAUGCAACACUGUAUGACACAGCAAACAGGAUCCCCGUCUACUCAGCCUACAAGUUUGAAGGUUUAAUGGGUUGUAAAAGACGAAACAACUGGUACAUUGAACCUCAGCUUGAACACAGAUAUUUUGACCGAAAGAUGGCGUAUGACAUAUGCGGCUUGACCCAGUUAGCGUAUCAAGCUGUUAACGAAGACUACCUGUGGUCAGGCUAUGACAGAGGACACCUGGCUCCAGUCUACCACGCCAGGUCCCAGAGCUGCUCUGAUGCCACCUUCACCCUCACCAACGCCGCUCCACAAGACAGCUCAUUCAACAGAGGCCAGUGGAAGAAGACAGAGGAAGCUGUGGCUAAAGCUCUGGGGGAGAAGUGUAAGGGAAAUUCGGCCUAUGUUGUCACUGGGGUGGUUCCUGGCCCUGAUAAACUAAACAACAGAGUUCGUAUUCCCAGUCACUUCUGGAGCGCUUACUGCUGUCUAGACAACAACCUGAAAGUGAAAGCUGCAGAAGGUUUCAUAGGAGAGAACAAAAAUGACCCAGUGCAGAAAAUGUCAGUCACAUUACUGGAUGUAAUUCUGACCGCUCUGUAUGAUCAAGGAACUUUCAGAGUAUUUGGCGGAAUGUGUGAUGAGCCCAACCCGGUAGAUCCACUGAGGCUUUUGAAUAUUCACCUCUGCAAAUUAUUUGAGCCCUUGAAAACUUGUGUUGAGAGAUUACUCAGAGAAGGUGGUCAAUAACGUUAAUAUAUACCAUGUCUUGCAGAAAUACUGGAACACUUGGUAGCUCCUAAAUUCUCAGAGAAUACUCGCCUCAUGCUCUCCUUCUACCUUUCCUGCUAUUACGCUCUAAAACGUGCAGAAGUGUGUUCUCUACAGAACAUGUGUGAACUCAUUUUCACUUAGAACACCGACACAAUGUCAUUCACCAGGCGUGUUCAAACCUUUGCAUGUGAUUGUGGAUAUACAUUUGCAUCUGCAGUGUCUCAUACAUAUAUAUUUUAUUUUAAAUCAAUAAAUUUCUGUCAGUUAAUUGUCUCAAAGUACUCUGUGAACUGGUGUUUCUUUGGUAAACUGUUAUAACAAGUUAAAAAGUGUCUAAAAUGAAUAACUUCACUGUAAAUGCAGGGCAGAGUAGGGAGAUAGUAGCUUUGGUCUGUUCAUUCUUUUGGCUUUUCAUAUAGUUCACAAUCUUUAAUACUGCAGAAUUAGACAGUCUUAUAUGUCUCACAUGUAUGUACUUAAUUCAUAGUGGUCUUACAGAUUUAGGCCCAAUCCCAUUUCACCCCUCGCCUCUACCACUUAGCCCUUAGCCCUCUGUUUUGUCCGUUCACAUGUAGGGUUAGGGUGUCCCGAUUUUUGUUGAGAUAGAGGGGUGGGGUGAAGUGUUAGGGCUAUA